UCUACAAUUUAAUCACGUGAUUUUCGGCGCGGAAAAAGUGUCAACAAAAACGUAACAAUGGCUCAAGGUAAAGUGACAGAUUUUUUCUCAACAAGAAAAAGAAAUCCAGCGCUUCAGCCAUCGAAAAGGAGAAAAGUUGAAAUAACAAGCACAGAGGUUGAUAUUUCUUCAUUAGAUAGAACUAAUGCAAAUCCUUACAGAAAUUUGACACAAGGUAAUGAUGUGGAGCCAGAAGCUGCAAGGAAAGAAAACACUGUUUUCUCUCCGUUGCAAACACGAGCGUCUAGGAAAGCGAAAACUGUUCAGAUUUUAUCUUCAACAGCAAAGAAAUCAACAAGGACACGUAAGACUAAAGUUGAUCCAAAGCAGAAGUUGAUCUCGCAGUCUUUUAUAGAGCCACAAUCUGCAGAGCCAGAGGUGAAAGGGGAGACAACUAUUGCAGAAUCAGUAACUUCUUCAUGGGAUGACCAUGAUGGCGGAAAUUCUACACCUGUUAAAGCAGAAAUAGUUAAACUCACACGAAAGAGAGCAAGAAAUGGGAAGACUUGUCAGAAAGAGGCAGAGAAAAACGAUGAGGCAACACCAGAAAAGAGGACGAUAAACAAUGAGCCUAAGAAGACAGAAACCAAAGCUCGUAAAAAGCUACAGCUAAAACAAACAAAGGAAAGUGAAAAGACUGAUGCUGAUUCCAGGCCUGAGACAGACUCUGAAGGUCCAGAGAUGAAAAUUGAAAUGCCUCCUGUAUCCAACAUUACAUCAGCUGAACCAGUAGAAACCAAGAAAACUGUUCAGAUAUCUUCAACUGUUGCUGCUGCUCUCAACAAAUGCAAAAAUUUGAAAGAAAAAAAGGCACAGUUGUUCAUUACACCUCCUAGCUUUGAGACUAAGCCUAAAGUUCCAGCGUAUGAGAGAUUUCAUCAUCUUGCCACCGAGGCACCUCCGACUCUAAGCUUACCCUACAAGUAUCGCCUUCUAGCUGAACAUUUCCGAGGCAUGGAUCAAGUUAUCAGUAUGUUACACAACAGGAAUGAAAAUUGUACUUUCUCAAAACUGAAACAUGCUGUUCAACAACUGACUAAAAGAAACUUUGAAAAAGAGCAUGUAAGCAAGAUCAAAACAGUAUACCCUGAAGCUUAUGAGCUGAGACAGGAGAAAGGUAUACAAAACUUGCAGGGUUUUAAACAGUCUGGGUACCAGCUUACAGUGGCUGCAAGGCUGGAUGACCCAGAUUGCAAGAACUCCCGUCAAACAUUCAAGGCAUCCCAUCUUCUGGCAAGGAGAAAUGUUUUCCAUAACAAUUUGGUACAGGUUGUGAAACAGCACCACAAGGAAUUUUUAUCUAAGCUAAGUAGACCUUUAACAAUACCUGAUGACAAAAUAACAAGAUGGCAUCCAAAGUUUCCUCUUGAUGAAGUCCCAGAUAUUUUAGAAAGUCCCCUACCUCAGCCCCCAGAUGUACAGACUUAUCAAACUGCCAAAGAUGUCCUACAGAGUACAACUACAAGAAAUCUUUCACCCAAGGUUGAGGCAGCACUAAGGGCCACUAUGCUGGAAUCAGAGAAAUCAUCCACCCAUGAACCAGUCUCGACCCCGAAGAAAGCUCCUGAACCCAAGCCAUUAUCUAAUAUGAAAGGUGUCCCGCUUUCUUUGCUUGAAAAGAUUCGAGCUAAGGAGGCUGCCAACACGGCCGCAGCUCUGACCAGGAAUCCUAAGGAGGAGAAGCGUAUUGUGAUGCUGAAACGUUUACCAGAUGUGAUGAGGAUCAUACGUUCACACUUUCUUACGGAGAAGAAACCAGCUUUACCUAUAGAAUCGGUUAUACAAAGGGUAUUAGACAGUUACAAGACAAGCAUUGCACAAGGAGAUAUUGAACCUCAUAUUAACAUGUGUAUAGAGGUUGCCCCAGAAUGGAUCUCUAGUAUACAGAUAAAGAAAGGAAAAUAUCUAAAAAUAGACAAAAAUAUCGACCUUCAACAGCUCACAGAAAAAGUCAACAAUAUUGUAAAAGGAAAGAAAUGAGACGUCAGUUUUACUUUCUGGUGUGUGUUUGUCCAAGAAUGAAACGUGAAUGAAUGGAAACGAAGAUUCAUAUUGCUUGAAAAAUAUGACCAUGUGGUUUUGAAUGAAAUAUUUAUAGAACCUGAAAAAAAAUCUGACAGUUGAGGAGAAAACAAACACUUAAAGGUGCUCUGAUGUGUUCAGUUUAUAACAAUGUGUUCACAUAUCAUGAUACUGUUAGUUACAUGUUAUAGCUGCUAUGUUUAUUUUAACAUUUUCUUGUAUUUUUAACACUUUGUUUAUAUUGUAAAAGCACCUUUAUUUUUAAUAUUUAACUAUUAUUUUACACAUCUUUUAGAUGGGAUAUGAACAAUUUCUAGGUAAGUUUUAGGCACAUGAUGUGCUCUUGUCAUUGAAUAUCGCAAUAUCAAUAUAUCAUCAAUAUUCAUCAUCCAAUAUUGUAUCAUUACACUGUUUGAAAAAUAUCUAUACAAGUUAAGUUAGUUUGUUGUGUUUGUAAUGUCUAACACAGCAUGCAUAACACCAUGAUCUCAAUUUAUAACACAUAUUUAAAUGUUUUUCAUUGUAGCUACUGUCAGUUGAUAUAUCGUCCAUAUUUAACAAAAUUUUCCCAUCAAUGACAGCCCUUGAUGAAGUGAAGGUAACUUAUAAUG